AGCCGCUCGCUUCCGCCGGGGGCGAGGCUGGCGUGCCGAGGGCGGGCCCCCCGCGCGCAGCCCCCCGCGCGCAUGCGCAUGGAGCCGGGGGACCAGACCAGCGGCAUGGCCCCGGACCGAGGCUUGGUAUCAGCAACACGGAGACCGCGGCAGGAGCCCGGGACAGGGACCCAGGAAGGGGCUCCUGGCCCCGGGGCUGUUCGAGCCCGCCGCUUCCUGCUCUGCCUCUACCUGGUAGGCUUCCUGGAUUUGUUUGGUGUGAGCAUGGUCGUCCCUUUACUGAGCGUUCACGUCAAGUCUCUUGGAGCAAGUCCAACGGUUGCUGGGAUAGUAGGCUCGUCAUAUGGCAUUUUGCAACUCUUUUCCAGCACGUUAGUGGGCUGCUGGAGCGACGUCGUUGGAAGACGGUCUUCCUUACUGGUGUGCAUCCUGUGCAGCGCCCUGGGUUACCUUCUGCUCGGAGCAUCUACCAACGUGUUCCUGUUCACCCUGGCUAGAGUCCCUGCGGGUAUCUUUAAGCACACACUCUCCAUCUCAAGGGCCCUACUCGCUGAUCUGGUCACAGAGGAGGAACGGCCAGUGGUGCUGGGACAGUUCAACACGGCGUCCAGCAUGGGCUUCAUCUUGGGCCCAGUGGUCGGCGGGUAUCUGGCUGAGCUGGAUGGUGGGUUUUAUCUCACAGCCUUCGUCUGCUCUUCUGUCUUUGUUCUCAAUGCUGGUCUCGUUUGGCUGUUUCCAUGGAGUAAAGUAAAACUCAGCGGUCCAGAGGAUGACUUGCCACGGGGCAGGAACCAGGCGCUUUGGGAAAAGACAGACUCUGCCGUGCAGAGGGCAGCCAGUGCCCAUGGGACCCCAGCCAGCCCCCAGGGGACCCCAGUGAACAAGGGGCCAGCCAGACUGCUCUGGGCGGAGGUGCUGGCCACCCUGUGGGGCCUGAGGAGCCUGGUGCUCUCCGCCCUGUGGGUCGUGUUCGUGGUGCGCCUGCUGAUGGCCGUGGCUGUCAUGCUGUACUACAGUAACUUCGUCCUGGCCCUGGAGGAGCGCUUCGGCAUGGGGCCCAGGGUGGCCGGCUAUGUCACCAGCUGCGGCAGCGCCCUGGGCGUCCUGGCCGGCUUCGCCCUGGGGCCCCUCCUGCGGCUGUACGGCCACCAGUCUUACCGGCUCCUGCUGCACUCCAGCAUGCUCACGUCAAUGCUGCUGCUGCUUUUCGCCUCGGCCCGCAGCCUGGACGUCGCGGUCGCCUGCUCCGUGCUCCUGUCCUUCUCCACCGCCAUCGGCAGGACCUGCAUCACCGACCUCCAGCUGACCGUGGGUGGGGUGCGGGCCGGCGGCAGCCUCCUGGGCAUGGGGCAGUCGGUGACGGCCGUGGGCCGGGUCCUCGCCCCCAUCCUCUCGGGGGUGGCCCAGGAGGUGAGCCCCUGCGGCCCUCCCGGCCUGGGGGCGGCCUUAGGCUUCGUGGCUGUUGUCAUCAUGUCACGAAACAGACCUCACUCCGGUGGCCAAGGGGGUGAUCAAUUAAAAAGCGAGUAGGUGGAUUUAGACAGCAGGAAGAAACAAUACCAGAGGUGUGUGGAUGUGGGCAGAGGCCCCAAGAUGGGUGCUAUGGAAAGGAUCGAUGGUGAAUAGAAAUGACUUCUCUCCAAAAAGAAGCUCUGGUCGUGGGUGUCCCGUCAGGCCUGCAGGACAGGUAGAAUCAAAGCAGUACAUAGACACAUGAAGACGGGAGCUGAGCUUGGCUGGAGGGGAAGGUAAUCAGCGUUCCCCUAAGAGUCUGCUCUUCAUCUGGCCAGUGAGCCCGGGGUUUUCAAGGGGAAAUGGUGGUGGGCUCACAGAGCAGGACACGUGCCAGGAGGGGAGAGACCACAGGGAUUUCCCUGCUGAACAAAAAUAAGGAAACAUAAAUGAAAUGCUGGUCAGCUGGAUGUGGAUGUCAGGUGAAGUUCCAUAAGCUCCAAGGAGGCUUUUCUGCCACCAAAAUGCCAGAGAUCGAAGAAGCUGCUCUACUGAAACCAGUCGUCCCUUCUUCAGGGCCUCACAGCGUUCCAUCUGGGGAGCUGGCUCAAAACCAGAGAUGCCCAUCUGAGCCCGUGGACCCAGGCGAGGCCCUGGAAUCUGGUGUGUUUAGUGAAUCCUCUUUCCAGUUUCUCCUGAAGGUAGAGAAAGGCUUAUUCCGAGACCUGCUGGUUUGGAUUAAAGUAAAAGAGACUCGGUGGUUAUUAAUAGUUAACGCGUUUGGAUUGUCUGUUAAAAUCAUGUGAUCACAUACAAUGGGUUCCACGUCCCCCGGCUCUCGGCAGUCACACUGUAUACCAGGGGAACCCAGUCCUAGGGGCCCGUCCCCUGUGCCCAGGGUCCCCGAGGCCCCUGCCCUGCAGAGGCCCGAACCUGCCUACAGCUACAUCUCCCGGAGACCGGGCGUGAUGAUCUAUCUGCUCCUGCAGCUACAUCUCCCGGAGACCGGGCAUGAUGAUCUAUCUGCUCCUGAAAGGGGAAAGAACCUGGUGGAGAAACCAAACCACUUAAAUGCUUUUCAGAUGAACGUCUUCUUCAGGAUAAGAGAGAGACUGGCCUCAGGCCCUGUCAUGGGUGCUACAGUGUCUUUGUUGAAAAUCAUUUCCUCACUUUCAUGUUGACAUCACCCCUGAGAACAGAAGCGCUGUGUUGACCUACAGGGAAACGUUCUGGGCACCUCCAGGGGCCUCGAGCAGGCUGAGCACAGAUGCCCGGGAUGCUGCAAGCACUCACUGACUCUCCAAGGUGACGUCAGUUACUGGUACAAACGGUUUAGGGGCCUCCUCUCUCCACACAGACCUCCAGAGCUCACAUUCCUUUCAGUCCUUUUAAUCAGUCUGCUAGGGUUGGAUUCCAGUCUUCCACCUGAUGUGUGUAAUUAUAAAUGAUGCUUUAAUACACUAAUUUGUUACAACUUUAAUACUUGAAGAGCAGAAAAAAAUUGUUCUGCAGCUGCAGACAUUGUAUAUUGAGUAAAUUCAAAUAUUUAUGAUGAAGAAUUAACUGCAGGUUUGAAGAUUGUCCUUGUUCCUGUUUAGCUAUAAGAAAAACGUCAGCUUCUUAUUAAGUGCGAACUUUCGUACAAGUGCUUUUGAGGAAACCAAAAUAUGAUAUAAAAUGGCCCCGCUCUGAGUAAGUGUACCAAGUUGUCACAGAGAUUAGACUCAAAGGAACAAUAUAUAAUCAAGGGUUUAUGUGAUGAAGGAGAAUUUCAAAAGAAUUUCUCCAAAGAUUGUCUUUUCUUUGCUCUCAUUUUCUGAGAAGCUCUUAAAUCUAGCCAUGUGUUUAUUUUUUUAAACUGUAGCACUUUACUUUUGAAGUUAAAGCCUGUGCACUUAAUGAGGUUUUAUAACGAACUAGAGACAGAAAUACUGAGAAUCCUAAAAAUUGAUCUCAGUAUGGAGAGCAGACACACACUUUUGUUGUUCUCUACUACUACAAAUUAUAGUGUUUUGUUCCCAUGAUUUUUUCAGAUGUUUAUAUUAAAUAGUCUAACAUGUUGCUACUCGAAGUGUGGGCCGGGGACCAGCCACUUCCCGUCCUGGGAGCUCUUCGGACAUGCAGACGCUGGCCCACCCCACGCUUGCGGGAGUCAUUUGCACAAGACACCCAGCUGCUUUGUUUGCACAGUGAAGUUUGAAAACCACCACCAGUCUGAUGGACACUCUGUUUAUAAUAUGGCCUCAGGGAAAUUAAAUCUGCUCAAAGUU